AUGAACGAUCUCAUGUCGUUGGGCAUCCAUCGCCUCUGGAAGGACUACUUCGUCCGUAGCCUCAACCCAGGCAGCCGCGCCAGCGAAAAAGGAUGGAAUAUCCUUGAUGUGGCGGGAGGCACCGGCGAUAUUGCAUUCCGCAUGCUUGAUCACGCGACCAACGUGAACCUUGACCUCAAAACAAAAGUCACCAUCGCAGACAUCAAUGCAGACAUGCUGGCUGAAGGACAGAAAAGAGCUCAGGAGACACCGUAUUGGAACUCAGGCCGACUGUCGUUCAUGGAGGGCAAUGCUGAAUCCAUGCCCUCUAUCGAGUCGAAUUCGAUUGAUCUUUAUACGGUGGCAUUUGGCAUUCGCAACUUCACCAACAAGGAUGCCGCCAUCCGCGAAGCAUUUCGAGUCCUCAAACCGGGGGGCGUUUUUGCUUGCCUAGAGUUCAGCCACGUCAAUAAUUCGUUGUUCAAUGCCGUCUAUAAAAGAUGGAGUUUUGGGGCGAUACCUUUGAUAGGCCAAUUGGUCGCGGGUGAUCGAGACAGUUACCAGUACCUUGUAGAAAGCAUCGAGCGAUUUCCCACGCAAGAAGAGUUCAAGGCCAUGAUCGAAGACGCCGGAUUCAUCACACCGGGGCAAGGCUACGAAGAUCUGACGGGAGGGAUCGCCAGCAUCCACCGAGGUGUGAAACCCUUGUAA